AUGUCCUGUGACUCGAUCCUUUUGGCAUAUGUUCCCUUAAUCUCCUACUUAAAUGAGUACCCUCAACUUGGUUACGUAACCCGGGAGCUCAAGGUUGGGCCAUGGUCCUCGUCCAGUUAUUGGAAAAGGCUUCGGGGCUAUAUGUGCGACGAAAAUUUGGACCUGCAGAUGAAUGCAUGUCGAGAAGUUGCCCGAAAAUACGGAAUUGCAUACCCCGUAUUACUAAAUGGGAUAAAUUCAGGCGAUUCAGGCGUAUUUGUAACUCUCCUCACCUACCUCCUUCCCAAUCUGACCGAACUAUCACUUACGUUAGGCGACGAGGCUCGCCCUGGAGUGCCGUCAACUCGACACCUGAUCGUUGCAUGGAAAACCAUCGAUCCGCCUUGUUAUCAACAUCUUAGCACUGUAAAUCUUCAGUAUGGGGACGUUGAAUCACACGGAGAAUAUCCGUGUAGUACCACCGUCGCCGAAAUCUUACAGCUCCCGGCCCUUCGGAAAUUCACCGUACACAAGCAGUGGCAUGACCCGCGCGGUAUUUCCUUUGGCACCAAUCCAAACCAACUUUCCACCGACUCACCAAACAUUCCUAUCUCCUUUUCUGUCCCGCAGAUCGGAUCUUCUAUUAAUACUAGUAAUAGCAGCGCCAAAAGUCUUGCCUUCAGAAGCAACAGAUACGACGAAGAAAUUCGCCUCAACUACCGCAACUGCUCAGAAGAAGACCUUCUAGAAAUAUCCUGCCGUUCAGCCUCGGAAUUGGAAAGAGUAGAAUUCAAUGGUUCUUGGAUGGGCCAAUGGAAUGUGCUUCCGAUAAUCCGAUCAGCAGCACAUCUCAAAGUUCUUAAGCUCACUGACAGCUCCUUUGUAGAUCAUGAAGCUAUAGUUGAAGACGCUAUAGCAUCUCAUGCGGCUACAUUGGAAACUUUGAUACUGGAUAUUGGCUGCUCGUUUACAGAAGGCAUUCCUUCAUUCCUGCCGUAUAUUGCCAAGGUUCCAAAUCUCAAAAUACUAUGGCUAAAUUUUAAGAGCAUAUUAAGCGUCGACGAGCAACCGAUAGAUCUAGAAGCCUACCUUCCCCCAUCUCUCCGGAAUUUGGUGGUCAAAGAUACCAACCGAACACGAGGGGGGCAAACAAACCGGCUACAGGCUUAUCAAUGUGCCAUACAGUCAUUAUCCUCGAUAACUUCAGGACGGAUGCCAAACUUAACGACUAUACACGUAUGGAAACCAACAUCUAGUGCCUUCGGCUUCGCACCAACUUUAUUUCCUAAGCUUGAGGAGCUGCAGGAGUAUUAUAUAUCUCAGGGGAUUGAGCUUCUGCUCAUGUGA